UUAUUUUCUUUCUUUUUUUUAACUUUUUGUUGUUUUGAGAAACAGCAUACUGUGGAAUACAGCCACUUCAGCUCAGGGUGUACUCUUUGGUACUUCGGUGAAAGAAGAUGAAGCGGCAUCGGUUGUUACCGCUGUGCGCUCUUCUUGGCUUCCUGAUUGCAGGACUGGUCCCUAAACUUGAUGCUCAGGAAGAUUGUGCACAAGGGCUGGCUGCCGAUAUAUACUUUCUAGUGGAUUCAUCCUGGAGCAUGGGAAAGGACAACUUUGAGCAUAUGAGACAGUUUCUGUACAGCGUGAUUAAAGCACUGCAUUGGGCUGGAGGGGACAGGUUUAAGUUUGCCCUUGUGCAAUACAAUGGCUCUCCCAAAACUGAGUUCCAGCUCAAUACUUACCCGACAACUCAAGAAGUUCUAGCACACAUCAAGGCUUUGACAUACCGCGGAGGGGGCACCCGGACAGGCCUGGGCCUGGACUUCCUGAUCCGUACCCACUUGAACAUGGCAUCGGGCAGCCGUGCUGGCGAGGGUGUAGCCCAGCUGGUGGUGGUCCUGACAGAUGGGCGCUCCCAGGAUGAUGUGGCUGAGCCAGCUCAGGUGCUGCGGCUAGCAGGCGUGGAAGUGUUUGCAGUGGGCGUACAGGAUGCAGUGGACUGGGAACUCAGGGAGAUGGCUAGCCUGCCUCACAGCUCUCACAUGUUCAGCGUAGACUCUUUCCUGACUUUGGGUGACAUAAUCCAGGAUUUAGUGGUGGGGCUUUGUGGUGCAGUGACCCAGGGAGGGGGUGCACCUGUGGCAAUGGAGGCCAGACAAGUGGCUGGAGUUGGGACAGCGCAAGAGUCCGCUGACCUUGUACUCUUAAUUGAUGGAUCACAGAACGUUGGAGCAGCAAACUUCCCCCGUGUGCGUGAUUUGGCUUUGAGAAUCGUUGAGGGACUUGAUGUGGGCAUUGACACUAUUCGGGUGGCCUUAGCCCUAUACAGCACUGACCCAGAGAUUCAGUUCUAUCUAAAUAGCUAUAACAGCAAAGCUGAAGUCCUGGAAGCUGUGAAGGGCCUCACCUUCACAGGGGGAGAUGAAUCUAACCUGGGGGCCGCCUUGGAGGAAGUGGCAACAAGCCUUUUGAGCCAGACAGCAGGGGGCAGGGCGGAGGAGGGUGUGCCUCAAGCUGUGGUGGUAAUCAGUGCUGGGCCAUCCACUGAUGAUACUGGUGCAGGUGACAGGGCCCUUAAGAGGGCCAGCGUUCUCACAUUGGGCAUUGACAUUGGUGGCACUGCUACUGCUGAUCUGGAGACAGUUGCCACAGAUAAAACCUUUGUUCUGUCAGCCCCUGAUUUCACAACAGUGGCAAGCAUGGGUGACCAGCUGCUGCCAUACAUUAGCGGGGUGGUCCAACGCAUCAUUGUUGUUCACACUGAGUUCACAGAAGCACUGGCAGUUGGAAAAAGAGACAUCAUUUUCCUCCUCGACAGUACCAUGGGGGCCACAAUUAUCAACUCCAUGCGUGAGUUCAUCAAGCGGUUUGUUGACACCAUGCCGAUUGGUCCAGACCAAGUACAAGUGGGUGUUGCCCAGUUCAGCAAUGCUGCUCGAGUGGAGAUAGACCUGAAUUCCUAUGCAUCUCGGGAGGAUUUAACUGCUGCUUUGGCCAGAAUCAAGCCAAGACCCGGACAAACAGUGAACAUCGGAGCAGCCUUGGAAUUUGUGCGAACCAACAUGCUGCGACCUGACAAAGGCAGUCGUAUUCAGCAAGGUGUACCUCAGCUUUUGCUGCUGAUGACCAGUAAAAAGUCUAGUGACAGUGUAGACCAACCUGCAAUAGCCUUGCAACGUAUGGGGGUACUUACCUUGGCUGCAGGCUCCAAGGCAGCUGAUGAGCAGGAGCUGAAACGUAUUGCCUUUGAUGAAAACUUUGUCUUCACACUAAAGGACUUCCGUGUUCUGCUUCGCAACCCCAAGCAGAUUGUUGCUCCACUCUCCACCCUUACGGGGGUGGUUGUGACAGAAGGACCCACCGAGCCAGUGGUAGAGAUAACUACAGUGCAAACACAAAGAGUGGUCCGAGACAUUGUCUUCCUUGUGGAUGGCUCCAGCUACAUUGGCGGCAGCAACCUUCCUUACAUCCUGGAGUUUAUCACAAAUGUAGUCAACCAGCUUGAUGUGCGGCCAGACAGAGUCCAGAUUGGUCUUAUGCAGUUUGCUGAGCGUCCAAGUAUUGAAUUCUAUCUUAACACCCAUCGCACAAAGCAAGAUGUUCUGAAUGGCCUCUCUCAACUUAGGCUGACCGGAGGCUCAGUUUUGAACACUGGAGCGGCCAUGGAUUAUGCCCUAGCAAACAUGUUCCAAAGCUCAACUGGGUCACGGCGGCGGCAGGGUGUCCAACAGGUGUUGGUUUUGAUUACAGGUGGCCCAUCCCAGGAUGAGGUGAAACGGAUUGCGGAUAAAGUGGCUCUGGCUGGUGUUUUGACUUUCACAGUCAGUUCUGGACAGGCAGAUGAGGUGUUAUUGAAGACAGUUGCUUUUGUUCCAGAGUUGGCCUACUAUACCAGAAGCUUUUCUAGCAUGCCAAAUAUUGCUGAACAAAUCAUGACCCCUUUGAUAACAGUGGUUGGUGAUACAGAUGUUACUGCCACAGUGACCGUAGAGGAAACUGUUGAAAAAGGAACUGAGAGGGAUGUUGCCUUCCUUAUUGAUGGCUCAGACAAUGUGAGGACCGAUUUCCCCUACAUUCGGGAUUUUAUCAUCAAGGUCAUUGAGCCACUUGAUAUUGGAAUUGACAGAGUACGGAUUUCAGUGGUCCAACACAGUGAGAGGCCAACCCCCAAUUUCUACCUUAACACAUACCAGACUAAAGAUGAGGUGAUAAGAGCUGUCAAUGGGAUAACGCUGGCUGGUGGAUCUAGUCUCAACACAGGAUCUGCUUUGAAAUUCAUGAAGGACACCAUUUUGUCUGAAAGUUACGGCAGCCGGGCAGCAAAAAAUGUCCCCCAGUUUCUGAUUUUUUUGACUGGAGGCAGGUCCAGGGAUAAUGUGAAGGAACCUGCUGUCGCACUAAAGACAGAGGGAGUGGUACCAUUUGGUGUUGGCGUCAAGAAUGCAGACCCGAAGCAAAUCGAGGCCAUUUCACACAACCCUUCCUUCGCCUUCAAUGUGAAGGAAUUCAGUGAACUUGGCACUGUCCAACAAAAGCUCAAAAACUACGUAAGCCUUCCGAAAGAGCAGCUAGAAGUCGUUCUACAGCAAGCUGAGUUCCAAGGACCAAGGAAGGAUGUGGUCUUUCUUGUUGAUGGUUCUGAUGGCGUUGGUCGAGAAUUCCCCAUCAUCCAGGAGUUUAUCCGUAGGGUUGUGGAGAAUCUCAACGUGGGAGAGAACAAGAUCCGUAUAGGAGUAAUCCAAUAUGGUGACUCUCCAAAUGCUGAUAUGUAUCUGAACACCCAUACCACCAAAGAGGGUGUUUUGAAUGCCAUCAAGGGAAUAAGGCAGAGAGGGGGAAGGCAACGAAACCUGGGCCAGGCAAUGGAGUUUGUCAGUCGGGAUGUCCUGACAGCAGCACGUGGUAGCAGGAAACAAGAGGGUGUACCACAGUUCGUUAUUGUCGUCUCCAGUGGCGGCUCCACAGAUGACAUCAACCGUCCAGCAUCAUCCCUUAAGCAGUCAGGGGUUGUGCCCUUCAGCAUUGGGACCAGAGAUGUUAACCCUAAAGAACUACAAGUGGUUUCAUAUGUUCCUAACUUUGCCUAUACUGUAGAUGACCUCCCUGGCCUGUACAUAGUCCAAGAUGGCCUUAUCUCCACACUUACUGAGUUGUCAGAUGAUGACAUUGCCAGCAUGCGCCCAGUUUUCCCAACCUAUGAUGCAGAUACCACAGCAGUAACCACUGGUGCAGACAAGAGGGAUGUUGUGUUUCUUAUUGAUGGCACGACAGCAAUGCGCAGCGAGUUCCCCUCCAUCCGUGAAAUGAUUAGGAGAGUAGUGGAAAAACUGGAUGUAGGGCUGGAUAGGGUUCGAGUCGCAGUGGUUCAAUACAGUGAUGACCCCAAAGUGGAAUUCUAUCUGAAUGAAUUAUCCUCCAAAGAUGAAGUGCGCCAAGCUGUGGCAAAGCUUCGGAGUCGAGGUGGGAAUCAGCUGAACACAGGUCGUGCUCUGGAGUGGGUCUCCAAACACAUCUACCAGAGGGUCGCAGGAAGCCGAAUUGAGGAAGCUGUGCCUCAGUUCCUCAUUCUUGUCACUGGUGGAAGGUCAACAGAUGACGUCUCCGGCCCAGCUAAUCAUCUUAAGAGCAACCUGGUCGCUCCUCUUGCCAUUGGCGGAAGAAAUGCAGACCCCAAUGAACUAAGAGAAAUUGCCCUGAAACCUGAGCUCAUAUAUACAGUCAACAGUUUCCAACAACUUCCAAGUGUGGAGCAGCAGCUUGUUGCUUCAGUUAACACAAUGACCACUGCAGAUAUAUCCAGUAGUUAUAUUCCUCCUUCAGUAGAGCCACGCAACCUAAACCUUGGAAGGAAAGACAUAAUUUUCCUCAUUGAUGGCUCUGACAACACAGGCCCCGCUGGUAUUGCUCAUAUCCGUGACUUCAUCCUAAGCAUUAUUCAACAGCUGGAUGUGCAGCCUGACCAAGUGCGUGUGGCUGUUGUCCAGUAUGCGGACAGAGUUAAAACAGAGUUCUCUCUGAACUCACACAACAACAAACCAGCCGUUCUCUCUGCCAUCAAAAGGCUACGCCAGAUGGGUGGCCGGUCUGCAAACCUGGCUGAAGCCAUUGAGUAUGUCAUCCGAAAUGAACUGAAAGCUUCUGCAGGUGUACGUCCAGCUGAGGCCUCCCAGCAUCUAGUUGUUCUCACAGGUGGACGUUCACCGAGCGAUGUGUCUGUCUAUGGUCCUCUGCUCAAAGGCUCCCGGGUCAACUGUAUUGGUAUUGGAGCUGGUGCUGCAGAACCUAGGCAGCUCAUCCAAGUUGCCACUUCCCCAGCUGAUGUCUUCCAGAUUCCCACAUUCCCCGGUCUGCCUGUCAUCAAAGACAGGUUUAUUGCCAGACUGAAUGGGACCAUCCCAGACGAGAUCCCAACAACUUACGACGAACCCACAGCAGGUCUCCCAAAAGCAAAGGAGGCGGACAUUGUGUUUUUAGUGGAUGGCUCCAUCAAUUUGGGAAAAGAUAACUUCCGGGAAGUGAUGGAUUUCAUCGUUAACCUUAUUGACCUAUUCUUCACUGAGAGAGACAACCUUCAGAUUGGCUUUGCACACUAUGCCACAGAUGUAACUGACGUCUUUUAUCUCAACACAUACAAGAACAGGAACGACAUCAUGAGUGCCAUCCAGCGAGCGGAAUACAAAGGUGGACGAAGAAUUAACACUGGUGCAGCUAUCCGCCAUGUUCAGGAGAAUCACUUCACCAAAGCAAGAGGCAGCAGAAAGGAUAAGGGCAUCCCGCAGAUCCUGAUGGUAAUUACUGGAGGACGUUCAGCCGAUGAUAGUAAGACUGCAGCACUUGGACUUAAAGCCACAGGGGUGAGAAUUUAUGCUGUAGGAGUGGGCAACAUUGAAAAUGAGUUGGAAAACCUGGGAAGCGAGUCAUCCACUGUAGCUAGGGCAAGUACCUUUCAGGAGCUCUCAGAGCUGAAUGAGCAGAUCCUGGAGACUUUGGACGAUGAGGUGAAGGGUGUCAAGCUCUGUACUGGUGUGCAAGAAGCCCCUAAAGCCUGCAGUGUGGAGGUACUGGUGGGCUUUGAUGUUUCCUCCCAGAACAUCUUUGCUGCUCAGACCAACCUUCAGAGUAAAAUGGGUGCGAUUCUUCAGAGGAUCUCCAAGAUGACUGCCAUCAGCUGCUCAUCAGGGCAGACUCCCUCAGUGCAAGUAGGUAUGCUGGCCAUGGAUUCUGCUUCUGAGCCUGUCCAGCUGGACUUCACAGACAAUGCGGAUCAGCUCUUUGAGUCCUUCAGAGGCUUGCGUAGUCGUGGACCCUAUCUCUUCAAUGGAAAAACCAUCACAGCUUACACCAAUAGGUUUAAGAGCAGACAGGACAAUGUUGUUAAGGUUGUCAUCCAUCUGACUGAUGGCCUUGAUGCCCCAUACUCUGAAAUGAAGAGGCGGGUUGAGGAGCUUCGACUGUCAGGUGUGAACAGUUUUAUCUUGGUGGGUCUGGAGCGGGUGCCCAAAUUUGAGGAAGCUGUGCUGCUGGAGUUUGGUCGAGGGUUCAGGUACACCAGGCCACUACGAAUCAAUAUCAUGGACUUGGACUAUGAGCUUAUGGAGGAACUGGACAAUAUUGCAGAAAGAGAGUGCUGUGCAGUGCCAUGCAAAUGCACUGGCACAAGGGGGGACAGAGGAGGAGUUGGUCUUCCAGGCCUCAAGGGUAGUCCAGGAGCGGUGGGAAGCCCAGGACAUCCUGGAGAUGAGGGUGGACCUGGAGAGAGAGGUCCACCUGGUGUCAAUGGAACACAAGGUUUCCAGGGUUGUCCUGGACAAAGAGGUGUCAAGGGAUCACGUGGAUACUCUGGAGAAAAGGGUGAAUCUGGAGAAAUUGGCCUGGAUGGUAUCAAUGGAGAAGAGGGCAAAAGCGGAGUGGCCGGACCUCCAGGAGAGAGAGGGAAUCCUGGCAGAAGAGGACCAAAAGGUACCAAAGGACAAGCAGGAGAUAGUGGAGACACAGGCAUCAGAGGAGACCCUGGUGCACCUGGAAAAGACAACACACAGACUGGGCCUAAAGGAGACCCUGGUGAUGUCGGACCAGUGGGAGAGCCAGGUGAAGAUGGCAAAAAAGGAACCCCAGGUGAACCUGGAAGAAGGGGACCUGAUGGCAGAAGAGGCCCACCUGGACAGGCUGGAAGUGUUGGAAAGCCUGGAGCUGAUGGUGAGCUGGGAGAGCCUGGUAUUGGAGGAUCUCGAGGUCCAGCUGGACCAAUUGGAGCACCUGGACUCAGAGGAGAGGAUGGGAACCCUGGCCCGAGGGGCCCUGGUGGAACCCAGGGAGCCCCUGGGGAUAAGGGGAGAAGAGGAGCUCUGGGUCGCAAGGGAGAACCAGGAGACCCUGGACCAAAAGGCAUUGUUGGACCCCUUGGACCCCGUGGCGAGCCUGGCGAAGAUGGUAGAGAUGGAUUCGGCAUCUCAGGACCCAAAGGAAGGAAGGGUGAUGAAGGCUUCCCAGGAUUCCCAGGACCAAAGGGAGCUGCUGGUGAUUCUGGUACCAAGGGCGGGCCAGGACCCAGAGGAAACCAUGGUCAGAGAGGCGUUGCAGGGAACAUUGGUACGCCCGGGCAGAAGGGAGAGGUUGGAUACUCUGGACCCUAUGGUCAAAAAGGGCCGAGAGGACCAGGUGUUGUGCAAUGUGACCUGGUCAAGAAAAUUAGAGAUAACUGUCCUUGCUGCUAUGGUCAUCAGGAAUGCCCUCUCUACCCUACUGAGCUGGCCUUUGCCCUUGAUGCUUCUGACGGUGUUGGCCGUGCUGUCUUCAACAACAUGCGUGACACAGUCCUGCGCCUGGUCAGAGACAUCACCAUUUCUGAGAGCAACUGCCCAAGAGGAGCGCGUGUUGCACUGACUCUGUACAACCAUGAAGUGACCACUGAGAUCCGCUUUGCCGACGCCAUUAAGAAACGCGCUCUGGUGCAGCACAUCGAGGGACUGCAGACCUUGCAGACUCGCAAGCAGCGUAGCCUGGAGACAGCCAUGAACUUUGUGGCUCAGAACACCUUCAAGAGGGUGCGCAGUGGCUUCCUGAUGAGGAAGGUGGCCAUCUUUUUCGUCGGCGGGCAGGUGAAGGAAACGCAAGCUGUUAGUGCUGCAGCCCUCCGCCUCUAUGAUAGUGGUAUUGCCUCUGUGUUCUUGGUUAACCGUGAGGACAGAGCACUCACCAGAGCUCUACAGGUGAACAACACAGCACUGGCACAGGUGAUUGUCCUGCCCAAUGCUGCAAGUGCACAGUACAACUCAGUCAUCGAAAAGGUUAUGAACUGCCAUGUGUGCUUGGAUUUCUGCUCUCCAAACCAAAUGUGUGACUUUGUGCCUCCAUCAUCCAACCGAGACCGGAGGUCUUUCACUACUGAUGUGGAUAUCGACAUGGCCUUUCUUAUGGACAGCUCUGAGUCCACAUACCCCACUGUUUUCACGGAGAUUAAGCACUACAUUGCCCACAUUGUGGGGCAGCUAGAGGUUUCCUCUAACCCCACAUCAUCGGUUCACCACGCGAGAGUGGCUGUGGUCCAGCAAGCGCCCUAUGAGUUCCUUCGCAACAGCAGUGGCUCUCCCAUCCAUGUGGACAUAGGCUUGACAGAGCACCACUCAGCCCAGGAUGUUGUCAACUUCCUGUUGGAGAAGACACCACAGUUAGAGGGGGGCCGGGCACUGGCAGCAGCCAUUGAGCAGACAGUGGAGCAGGUGUUUGAGAGGGCACCCCUCCAGCGUGACCGGAAAGUACUGAUGCUGUUUGUGACGGGCGGUGUGGAAGAGGAUGAAGAGCAGCUGGUGCGUGUGGCCACUGAGGUCAAGUGCAAGGGGUAUUUCUUGGUCAUUCUGGGUGUGGGUGAGAAACUGAAUGCCAGAGAUGCCCGUGUCCUGUCACGUAUGGCCAGCGAGCCAUCAGAUGUUUUCUUCAAGAGACUGGACCACAUCUCACACUUUUAUGACAAACACAUACUAACCUUUGGCCAACUGCUUCCAAAGUAUAUCAACAUUGAAAAUGCUUUCCACAUGUCUCCAGAAGUCUCUAAAAACUGCAAAUGGUUCCAGAGUGAUCAGCCUUUAAAAAACCCCUUUAAAUCAUCACACUCUCAGGGGAAACAGCACCAUGAGAAACCCCAAAAGCACCAUGAGAAUCACCAAGUGGUCCAUCAAAGAAAGCACAAUGACUUUGCUGAGCUACAUGCCACUAACAUCACCUGCAGGAGCCUAAAACUGCACUGGACCAGCCCAGAUCCUAAACUCUCAGCCUACUUCGAAGUGGUGGUGACACGACUGCAGGACCAUGCUGUGGUGCUGAAGACCAACGUGUCAAGAACAGAGCUCUCUGUAGACAACCUGGAAAGCGCCCAGUCUUAUCACGCUGUGGUUACAGCCCAUUCUGCCCAGGGCCACAUUAUCUCUACUCAUAAGGGCAUCAUCACUACCAAAGCAGCAGAGCCCAACCCCCCCAAUCCAGUUAAGAUGACUGAUAGUGUUAAUACCAAACCCCUGGACAAACCAGAGACUGUUAAUGCACUUGCAGACCCAUGCUCACUUGACUAUGACCCUGGAAUGCCGUGCAAAGACUAUCAGGCUAAGUGGUUCUUUGACAGAAAGAACGGGAUCUGUACACAGUUCUGGUAUGGAGGGUGUGGAGGCAGUGACAAUAGGUUUGAGACCGAGGCCCUCUGCUUGAAACACUGCUUGAGGCCAGAGCCAGAGCCUCAGCAACAAGUGCAGCAAGUUGAACAGAUCGAGAUCCUCCCUGCUCCUGCCUCUAUAGCAGUGGACAUCUGCCAGCUUCCCAAGCAGGAGGGCCAUUGUGCCAAGUUUGUCCUCAAGUGGCACUAUGAUGCCCUCAGCAGGAGUUGCACACGCUUCUGGUAUGGAGGCUGUGGUGGGAACCAGAAUCGCUUUGACACGCAUACAGAAUGUAUGAAGGCCUGUGGAAAACCAGCGCCUGUCAAACAAGGAGUCAUCGCUGCAAUGAGAACAUAGGGGGACUCCAACAAAAUGGCCAACUUAUACCCCUGUGUAGGGGAAUCUGAGAAAAACCAACCAAAAUGGCCAUAGGGAUACAAUACAAAAGCAAUGGUGGCUGCACUGGAUUCCCUAAAAUGGAUUUCAUCCCCAAAAUUCUUGAAAUAGUCUAUUUCAUCAAAAAGAAAGAAAGCAACACAAUUUGCCGCAUGAUGUGUUUUAACCUACUGGUGCUGCAUCGUUUUUGUUCUGUUUUUUGUUGUUGUUUUUUUUGUUUAUUGUUUGUUUUUCACAGAUGAAGUUGUAGAGUACAUCCAGUUUUGUAAAGUUAAAUUUUCUGGAACAAAUGCAUCACAUUAUUAUUUUUUCUUCAUAUUUUCAAUGCAGUUUUAUAAUUAAACAAGAAUUUUAUAUGAAUAUCUUGGACAGAGAUUAUCAAUAAAUCACUUUUUUGCAGGAACAGCAUUAUUCAAUGCAAAACAUUUUUUUUACAUUCCACAUUCACGUAUUAACAAGGGCCGUCAUUACUGACUUAUAUUGAUUGCAAAAUUACUUGAUUCCAAUAGAAUCUUCCCCUCACCAUGCUUCAGACUCAGAGCUUCGGGAUUUAUGGCUAUGUUUACAUAGGUCGAAUAUGGCAGUGUGUAUAUUUGAAUGACAGUAACUAAUGGCUCAGAGGCGACAAAGAAUUCAUGUAAUGUAAAUGCACUUCUGGAAACCACUGCCUCAAACACAGAAGUUCUACUUAUUGAAAAAUGUCAAGCUGUUUUCUUGUUUUGUUUCAUUUUGUGUUUCAUCUAGGUAUAGGGGAAAUAAAAAUGAAUUAGACUUUCUAAUAAACUCGAUCAAUUGA